AUGGGUAGCCCAAGGCAAGAAUAUCCGGCUUUAUUGUCCGCUUUAGAACCGAGUCAAGCUGUGAAUGUGCUGAAUGAUCGCAUUGAGGUCAUUUCAAAGACCAACGAUGAUAUCGCCGACUGGCUUCUGGUGGAUACAUAUAUCUCCGCGCAUCCCUUUCUCGAUCGCUCACACUCCUCUAGGAAAGACGGAAAGUCGAGGAGACAUAUGCACAGGGUCUCCGGAAGCUUGCCAGAAGGCCGCAAAGGAGUGGAGGUGCAUCGCUUGGGUAGCACAGGCUCUUCAGACACUCUCGGCUUUGCUAACAGCAUCAGAAUUUUCCAAUUGCCCUGGCAGCGCAUUGUCGAGUCAACUGAAUCUCUCGCCCAGUCCCACGAAAGCCUGGCGCAGAAGAUCGAGAUCGAUGCAGAGACACCAUUACGACAAUUUGCAAGCAAGAACCGGGAGAUGCAGGCCAUGAGCACAGUACGGGGCAACUUGACAUCGAUAGCCAAAGAUUUUGAAAAUGCACAGAAAAAGGCGGACAAGCUGAAGGACAAGUCUGGGAGACUCUUAUCUGCUCGCGCCGCUAAUGCCAAUUCCUCUGUGGACGAUGCAAACCAGCAGUGGGAAACCCAAGCAGCCUACGUAUUUGAACAGCUCCAGUCCUUAGAUGAAGUCAGAGUCAACCACCUGCGGGAUGUCCUCACACAGUUUCAGACCCAUGAGGUGGAUAGUAUAGAACAGAACAGGAAGCCUGCAGAACUGUGUCUCAAUGCUCUGCUGAAUAUUGAGACAGCGGACGAAAUCAAGACCUUUGCCGCACGAAUCAGUACAGAUCCUCCCCGGACACCCCUUUCAAGAAGGCAAAGCUCGGCAUCUAGCACUCUCCGCCGAUUGAGUUCUGCGGGUGGAGGAGCGCCUCCCAUGCCUCCUCCACCAAGGCUCACAGGUGAUAGAACGCGUCCAACACCUACAUUUUCCGAUGAGACUGGUCAAGGAGGAUUUACACCAGAAACCAAAAAGACACCUAAGAAACAAGGCUUGAAAAGUCGUCUAGGUACUGUCAUGGGGAGGAGAAAGAAUGCAGCACCACCUCCCAUCCCAUCCGCAGAGAAACCAAAGAAGGAACGAAAUCGGUCAUCUCUCAUGCCUUUCCGCAGGGGAGAUUCCUCAAGAAGCCAGCCAGAUAGUGAGGCUGUGUCAGUUACAAGUCGAAAUAUGGCCCCCACCACCUCAGAAGAAACAACCAGACCGACAUCCUCAAUGCGACGUCCCGAAACGGCCAACCGUCCAUCAACCAGAUCAGAGAAUGUAAGACAAGAACAGACGUACAUGGGUUCAGCAUUGGUGAAUGGCACAAGUUCUGCAGAAAACCAUGUUGAUGUCACUGGAACGAAUGCUUCUGUCAACCAAGCUACAACCACCAACACCGUCACCCUCAAUCAGCCGUUACACGAGCUCAGUGUCACACCACCAUCUCCUGUCCAGCACAUGGAUGUCGUAUCUCGUGCUCAGCAAGAAGCCGCGGCAACCAAUGCAGAGAACGAAGAAGCUAUCCGAAAGCUUAAGAUUCGUGAUCAACCUAUACAGGAAGAUGAAAUUGAAGCUCAACAAGCCAUGGACAACAUGGCCAAUCAGCUGCGGUUGCAAGCACAAUCUUCAGGAAUCAAUCGUCUGGGCGGCAGUAUGCGUGGUAGACGAGAUGUUAGAAAUACAAUUUUCGUUCCGAAUCCAGAAACCCGAUUACCCGAGAAUGAGAUCUCUCCUGGCUCCGAAGCAGGUCUCGCACCAGCAACAGCAGUAUAUGCGGCCGAGACUGUGACUGUAGGCACCGCAGCUUCUUCUUAUGCAGAUUCUACAACCGCUUCACCUAUAAAGGCACCAGCCCUAUUACCAGAAGAGAGGAACAUGUCAGAUACGACCUCUGUACACUCAGCCCAGAGCUUGGGUACACUAGUCCAUCACCCAGAAAUGCAUGAGCCGGGUCUGAACUCUUCAAUCGUGGAGACUGUCAGCACCUGGUUCUCAGAUGGAACUGUCAACAAGUCUUUUGUCGUUGGUGAGGUAGCGCUAGCAUACAACUCAUCCGAAUCGCCGUCAGACACAGAACUGAUCAGGCUGGACAAUUUCCAAGUGCUCGAGAAAAUUGCCCCCAAUCCGGGCUUUGUCUCUGCGGCAGCAUCAGAGAAGGGUAAGGAGAAAGCAAUUUCUGAGGAGGGUGCAGGACAGUACAUUGUGACGCUCUCAGCUAUCAAGCGGCCCACUCCGGUUGUGGCUUUCAAAUACCAACUCCAUCUCGAUCCUUCGAAUCCGUCCGUAUAUUCGCCUGUUCUCAUCACACCAGCCUGGCAAAUUCAAGACACACAGGUGUCAGUCAUUGUGAUGUAUACUCUGAACCCAGCCUUUGUCCUCUCGGAAAAUAAAACUCAGUCCUCCACCAUUUCUAUCACACUCAAAAAUGUCACUCUAUCAAUCACGCUCGACCCUUCCGCUGAUGCCGGCAAAGCCACGAGCGCGAUGAUGGCACCUCAGAUCGGAGCAGCAUUCAAACGCAAGCAAGGCGUCGUUGUAUGGAAACUGCCUGAAUUGGUCGUAUCGAGCGAGCAGCAGAAGUUGCUGGCCAGAUUCGUCACCACAGGCUCGAGAGCCCGACCAGGGUAUAUCGAGGCGCGGUGGGAAUUGCCCGGCACAACUGGAAGCAGAUUAGGUGUGAGUCUACUAGCGGGAGCCGAAAAGUCAAGGGAAUUUGCUGCUGAUCCUUUUGCCGAUGAUGGGACAGCUCUUGCUAGUCCUGCUCAAGUGUGGAAGGAAGUAAAUACAGCGAGGAGCUUGGCACCCACACCCCUCCUCUCUGCCCGCCAAACAACCACCACCACACCCCCGUCCACCACCCCAGCAGCAGCAUGUGACUGUCUGUCCGGCGGCGAAAUCGCCGGAAUAGUCAUCGGCUCCAUCGUCGGCGUCUUGCUACUGCUCUGGAUGCUAAACUCUGCCCGCAACGGCAGUCAAGGGGAUAGCAGUGAGAGGAGAGCGACGGUGGUAAGCUACAGUGAUGAUAACGGCGGGAGCAGGAGGCGGAGGCGGAGGAGUAUAAGUACGUCUGGUGGCGGAGGGGAGACGGUUUAUGUGGAGAAAGUUCGCAGGCCGCGGACAGCGAGGACGAGGGGUAAUUGA